AGAGACAAGGAGGGAGGGAGACAGAAGCAAAAACGAUUAAAGAAAGAGAGGGACAGAAGGAUACAGAAGAAAGUGAAAACUUUGAGGAGAGAGAAAAAAGCGUCUUGGAGAGAGAGAGAGAGAGGCGUUGAAAGGGGUUGUGGGAGAAGAACAAGGAGGCCGAGAGAGAGAGAGAGAGAGAGAGAGAGAGAGAUGUCCGGAUGGUGUAGGGGAAAACAGGGGGCAGGAAAAUUGCAGCAUUUGGUCUCCUGCAACACUUAAACCAAACCCUCCUUUCCAUAAAACCCCCUUGUCGGCGACUUUUCCGGCCACUCCCCACCGCCCACCUCGCCGGAAAAACAACUCUCGGGGCCAUCGUUGACCCACUUUACCAAAAGCCCUCGACCUUUUCUCGACAAAUCUGAAAAAAACCUCCUUUCCAGCUGGGAAAAUUAUAAUCUACGGCCCGAUCCGCGAAUCGACAUUAGUGUAUCUUCGCUCUGCUGACCUGCGAAGAGCUAUUAACGAGCUGAGGUCGUACCUAACUUCUUUAGAUUUGCUGCGGAGAGAUGAGAUAACGGGGAGGGUAUUGCGGUCAUUUCAGCUUCCCCCUGACUUUUUAGGCGAGAUAGUGACCGGAAUUGGUCAAUGAAGAUGCCGGCGAACGGUGCCGGUGCUGCUCCGGCGGCUGCUAAUCCCUGCGAAGGUGAGAAGAAGAGCAUAAACCCGGAGCUAUGGCAGGCGUGCGCCGGUCCGCUGGUGAACUUGCCGGCGGCGGGGACCCACGUCGUCUACUUCCCCCAAGGCCACAGCGAACAGGUUGCAGCAUCUAUGAGGAAGGAUGUGGAUGCUCAAAUCCCAAACUACCCGAAUCUUCCUUCAAAGCUACUAUGCCUCCUUCACAAUGUUACGUUGCAUGCGGAUCCAGAAACAGACGAAGUAUAUGCUCAGAUGACCCUUCAACCAAUUCCUUCUUUUGACAAGGAUGCUUUGUUGAGAUCAGAUCUUUCGACGAAGACAAAUAAACCACAAACAGAGUUUUUUUGCAAGACUUUGACUGCAAGUGACACGAGCACGCAUGGAGGUUUCUCCGUACCUCGUCGUUCUGCAGAAAAGAUUUUCCCUCCUCUUGAUUUCACUAUGCAACCGCCUGCUCAAGAACUAGUGGCCAGGGAUCUGCAUGAUAAUUUAUGGACCUUCCGCCAUAUUUAUAGAGGGCAACCAAAACGCCAUUUACUCACGACAGGGUGGAGCCUAUUUGUUAGCGGGAAGAGGCUUUUUGCCGGUGACUCUGUCUUAUUUAUCAGGGAUGAAAAGCAGCAACUUCUUUUGGGCAUUAGACGGGCUAAUAGGCAACCUCCCCAUCUCUCAUCAUCAGUUUUGUCAAGUGAUAGCAUGCAUAUUGGAAUUCUAGCAGCAGCUGCCCAUGCAGCUGCAAAUAAUAGCCCCUUCACUGUCUUCUAUAAUCCGAGAACAAGUCCUUCAGAAUUUGUUAUUCCUUUAGCCAAGUACUACAAGGCAGUUUGCAGCAAUCAAAUAUCCCUAGGCAUGCGAUUUCGGAUGAUGUUUGAAACCGAAGAGUCGGGAACAAGAAGGUAUAUGGGAACAAUCACAGGAAUCACUGACCUAGAUCCUGCCAGAUGGAAAAACUCCCAAUGGCGAAAUUUGCAGGUUGGUUGGGAUGAAUCAACUGCUGGGGAAAGGCGUAACCGAGUCUCAGUUUGGGAGAUUGAACCUGUGACAGCUCCCUUUUUCAUUUGCCCUACACCCCCAUUCUUCGGAUCAAAGCGUCCACGGCAACCAGGAAUGCUAGAUGAUGAAUCUUCUGGUUUAGACAGCUUAUUCAAGAGGACAAUGCCUUGGCUUGUCGACGACAUGUACAUGAAGGAUCCCCAAUCUCUCCCCGGCUUUAGCUUAGUCCAGUGGAUGAACAUGCAACAAAACCCUUCACUGAAUAACUCGUUACAACUGCCAAACUACUUGCAGUCCUUAUCCGGGUCCAGUCUUCAAAACCUAGGGUUUUCGGCUCCAACCCAAAUUCCCCAGCAAAACAGCUUACAGUUCAGUAAUACCCAGAAGCCAACUCAGCAACCACAGCUUGAUCAGCUCCAAAAGCUUCCAGCUGUCGCCACCACAUCGAACCCUUUAGGUUCCGUAAUACAGCAAUCGCAACAGUUAUCCGAUAUUUCUCAAAACCCGAAUUUGAUCAAUCAAAAUCUCCCCUCGCCCCAAGUUCAGGCCCAAAUUCUGCAGUCGCACGUUCAGAAUAUCCUUCAUCAGCAGCAACCGUCCAUUCAGAGCCAUCAGGUUAACAGAAAUGUUUCUCAGAAUCUGCAGCAGCAGAUUAUUGGUCAGAAUCAACAGCAGAACUUAAUGCAAUCCCAGCCGCCUGAUCAAAUAAACCAACAGCCACAGAUGUUGGAUAAUCAAAUGCACCUUCAACUUUUACAGAAGCUGCAGCAGCAGCAGCAGCAACAGCAAGCCAUUUUAGAUCAGCAGAGACCGUUUCUAGAUCAGUCUCAGAGCUUAUCUAGGUCUGUAGCCCCCAGCCAAAGUCCGGAUAUGCCUCAAGCAAUAUCAGCCUCACUCUCUCAGUCACACCUUAUACCACAGCAGACUUCGAAGACUAAUGGUCAACAAAAUCUCCGGUACUCUCAUCCACCCCAGCAGCCGAAGAUUUCGGAUUUUGCUGGGCAUGUGGGUCACACACCUACAAGCAAUCAACUCGCGACAGCUGGCAGCAGUUUGUUGACUGGAGCUGCAGGUGGAGGCCAAUCUGGAAUAACCGACGAUGUUCCAUCUUGUUCAACUUCACCUUCCACAAACAACUGUACAAACUUUGUUAACCCAAUCAUAAAUGGUAGGGCCCAGCGGACCACAGGAAAAGGGGAGGAGGUGAUACAGUGUUCCACCGUGCUCUUGAGUACUUCCAGUGGUAUGGAAACCAUGUCUACUUCUAAUGCUAACUUAGGUAAAGAUUUGCAGCAGAAACCUGAUAUCAAGCCGUCAUUGAAUAUUUCGAAGAGUCAAACUCAAAACCAAGGGUUUUUCUCCCAACAAAUGUAUCUAAACUCCUCUGGGACCCAGAUGGAUUACUUGGACGCUUCAUCUUCGGCAACUUCAGUUUGCCUUUCUCAGAAUGAUCUCCAUUUACAGCAGCAGAACAACGACCCAAUGUCUUUCAAUCAACAAUCUAUAUUGUUUAAAGACACAAUCCGAGAUGUGGAGGUUCAGGGUGAUCCAAGAAACAGUAAUCCAUUUGUUGGAACCAUGGAUAGCCAAUUGGGAAUACCUGUGAUUCCUGAUACUUUUACCAAGGGAAUCGGAGGUUCAGCGAAAGAUUUCUCAAAUAACCUCUCUUCGGGAGUUGUUAUGCAUCCCAAAGAUGCACAGGCCGAACACUCAUCAUCAAUAGUUUCUCAAUCAUUUGGAGUUCCGGAUAUGACUUUCAAUUCGCUUGAUUCCCCAAUAAACGAUAACAACUUCUUGAACGCGGGUGCUUGGGCUCCACCACCAACGCAGUUUCAGCGGAUGCGGACAUUUACAAAGGUGUACAAACGAGGAGCUGUGGGAAGAUCAAUUGACAUUACCCGUUAUUCAGGCUAUGAAGAGCUUAAACAAGAUCUGGCGCGCAGAUUUGGUAUAGAGGGACAGCUGGAGGACCGACAUAGAGUUGGAUGGAAACUAGUGUAUAUGGAUCAUGAAAAUGAUGUCUUGCUAGUUGGGGAUGAUCCUUGGGACGAGUUUGUACAUUGUGUCCGUUGCAUCAAGAUUCUCUCACCACAAGAAGUCCAGGCAAUGAGCUUAGAUGGAGAUUUUGGGAACAGCGUUCUUCUGAAUCAAGCCUGCAGCAGCUCUGAUGGAGGAAAUUUGUAAAUGACCCUACCGACUUUAUCUCAUCUCCUCACUUAAAAUCUAGUGAGUAGUUUCCUACGAAAAUCUAGGGGACAACUCACUCCACACGGGAUUAAGGCAAAGGAAUUAAGUCUCCUUAUUCAGUUGAAGCUUGUUUUUGAAUCUUCGGACCGACUCGGCAAGGUACUUGCAUUAGGAGAGAAAGUGGGAACCGACUAAAGAAGCUUUCUUCUCUUUGUACUGUUGACAGGAUUUGGCCUGGUUCAAGAAUGGGGGUUACUUCUUGCGAGAUUCAGUGUCGUCUUGGUUUUUUUUUUUUUUUACAUUGACACUCUCCCAGCUCAGGUAAAUUGUAGAAAGUAAUACCUUGCGAUUUGUAUUGGCAUAGUCCGGAUUCUGGAGUGUAUAGACCUGUAGAUUUUUCCUUUUAAAGCGUCAAUGGAAUUUGCUCAUAUGCUCAAAUUGAUCACA